CCUUGGCGGAACCUGACCAACCAUGGUGAAUCUGGGCCUGUCCCGUGUAGAUGACGCCGUCGCCGCCAAGCACCCGGGACUCGAGGAAUAUGCUGCCUGCCAGUCGAACGCCUUCAUGAAAGGCGUUUUCACUUUUGUCACAGGCACUGGUGUGACUUUUGGCCUGCAGAUGUUCAUUAAGAGGAAGUUUCCAUACCCUGUGCAGUGGGGCUUCCUGGUGUCUGCCGUUGUAGGAUCUGUGGCCAGCUACAGAGUGACAAGAAUGGAGUGUCAGAAAUGCAGCAAUCUGUGGCUCUUCCUGGAGACCGGGCAGCUCCCCAAAGGCAUGAGCACAGAUCACAACAACUAGAAGAGCUCUGGCUGCUGGAGUGUGUAGGAUGUGAGGUGGGGAAGAGCCUAGAGCACAGACUUGGACAGCAUCUAACUCCAGGCUGGUCCUUCCUAGCUCACCAAAUACACAAACAAGCAUGUGUCAUCUCUCUCCUACACGCACAUGGGGGAGCUGCCUGAGAAACCUGUGAAGAUCACUGCUGCUGUGAAGAUCCAUCCAGGAUUUGCCAGGGAGGCCAGCUCAGAAAAGGACUUGGGAGAGGGGGAUCUCUUCCAGAGCAGCAAGGAGCCAGGGUAUCGUUUUGGAUCCUGUCACACACAACUGUUGGGGCAACAGCCUGCGUGUGGCGCUUUCUGUGGUGCUUUGGGGCCCUUAUCUGACAUGUAGGCCCCAAAAUCCAAGGAGAAUGUUGGAGAGUUGUAGCUAAUAAAUGGCUUGUCCUUUUUCCU